AUGGUAACGUUCUCACAUAAGUCGGUCAGCGUGCUCGGUGUUAGGCGGGUUUCGUCACAGAGUGUUAUUGACACUACGAGGCGACGGCAUGUCGACGAAGAUCUGCUUGUCUCGUCGCACUACCUUCAACACUCCUCGUCGAAUGCCGCCAGACACCGCGCAGAGAGCAAUGUACGAAAACAAGUCGCCGCUGCGCCGUUGAGCAACACAAGCUUCUUUCGUCGGGCGUCAUGGAUGCCAGUCGCCACUGACCCUUGCCAGAUGGCGUCGUUCGUCCAUCGGUCUUCUUCACCGUUGGUGGACAAAGAAGCACAGGAGCAGAUGGCGUUGCGCGCGGUCUGCCACCGUCGCUACCGUACCGGACCCGGACCGUGGUGA